GAUGGCGGGAAGAAGCGAGGUGAGCCAUGUGUUCGAAUGAUGAUAAAAGUAAGUUAAGAUGUGAAAUGGUCAGAGAGUAAAAGUAAUCUAUAAAAAUAGUAUGAGCGGCAAGUCAAAUGCACCGUAGUUCAGCAAAGUAUGGAACAAUUAAACUGGAACUUGGGAGUUAUUACGUUUCCUAUAUUCCUCGGGUGAAUCGCCCUAAACUAGGCAGGCAAAAGUCACAUAUUUUCAGUUUUUUCCAUGACAACUAUAUUCACUUUAAUUUACUACUACUGAGUACUGGUAGGAGUGCUAGAGUUGUGACAUUUUGUAUCGUGAAGUUGUGUAGCUCGUGGUUGUGCCUGAGAAGAUGUUUUUUCUUCGCUGUUUUACUGUCUUAUGCGAUCAAUUUGACUUUUGGUUUUAAGUUGUGAAUUUUCGUUUGUGGGUUGACGAUAUAAACUUCAUACUGUAAUUACAGUGCAGUGAGAAAUCUGUAGUGUGGAUUCGAUUAAAAUACAGCUUGUGUACUCGACCAACUACAUUUCCAAGUUCAAGAAGUGUCGAUUUGCUAAAGUAUAAUUUGUGUCUAAUUUUUUGUACAAACUUACUAAACUGUCUAAUGUAAGCGUGCAAAUUAUUUUUAAAUGGUAUUAAUAUUACAUUAACAUUGGAUAAAUUGAUAAUAUUAAAAUUUUAUUACUAGAUUUUCUUAAAGUUAAAAUUAAAUGGAUCGUAAACGCUCAUUUGUAGACUUAGACCCUGAUUACACAAGUAUUGACAUAGAUUCUAGAGAAAAAAAACUAAGAGUUUGUGAAGAAGAUGCUAAGAAAGUUAACACUAAAAAGAUAAAACAAAUACUCGUGAAAGAGAUUGAAGAAGAAAUUUCAUAUAAAGAAGUGGAACUAGAUAGAAUAGAUAAAAUGUUGAGUAAGGCUCGUAUUAUAACAGACCGUCUAAGAGCCUGUAUAAUAGCAAAGUAUUAUAGUUCAACAUUUUCAGACUCAACAGAUCAGUCAUAUGCUUGUGCUAAUACUUCAUACGUUUUUUCUUCUGUUCAUCCUACUCUGAAAAAGCAACUUGGAAAAUGUAUUCCUUACUCACAUGUAGACAUAGAAGUGGAUAAUAGACCUAAGAAUGAAAAUGAAAACUAUAAGACUAAUGAAAUUAUUAAACAAGAAAAUUGUAACAGCACAGAAGAACCAACAUCAGUGCACUAUUCAUCUUUAGUGCCAACUACAAAUGUUAUAAAAACAGACAAUAUGGCAUCAAGUUUUAUUUCUGAAUAUGGUGUACCUGUCAUUAAAGAUUUUGGAGGAGGUCGAUUUAGGUUUAAAGAACAUCAUAUUUUUGUUGUUGGAAAUGUAUCUCGAUACAUUGCUCCUGACAGCAGACCCGAAAGUGAUAAAGCUACUCACAAAUGGAUGGUUUAUGUCAGAGGAACUAAAGAACAUCCAGACAUUAGUGGUACAGUGAGAAAGGUUUUGUUUUUUUUGCACCCUAGUUACAGACCAAAUGAUUUGGUUGAGAUCAAUUCUUCCCCUUUCCAAUUGAUCCGUAGAGGAUGGGGAGAAUUUCCUGUCAGAGUUCAACUUCAUUUUUGGGACACACGCAACAGACCUGUAGAUGUAAUUCAUAACUUAAAGCUGGAUAAGACUUACACUGGUCUUCAGACAUUAGGUGCUGAAACAGUAUUUAAAGUUUGGUUAUUAUCUACCAAGUAUGAAGACAAGAAGUUGCCUGUUCCACUGUCUGGUGAAGAAAAAGAAACUACAAAUCAUGAUACCAGAAUUUUGUCUUCAGAGAAAACUGAAGAGGGGGUACCCGAUUUAGAAGAAUGUAACAGUAUUCCGCAGAUAGAAACAACUACACAAGAGAACAUGAAUGAUGUCAAGAAGGAAGUAAUGAAAGUAUCAUCAAUUCAGAAUCAACCAUUAGAAAAAAAAGAAAUACCAAACCAAAAUAAUGAUAAAGCCUCAACUCCAAAUAAUCAGAUUUGUUCAUCAAUUAAUACAGAAGAUAUGACACAUUUUUAUGCCCAAAAUACUUUGUCUUUGAAUGCUACUACAUCAGUAAAAACCAGCAGCAUUACUCAAAAUAAAAAAUUAUCUUCCACAAAUGUGUUUAUCCCUUGUUUACGUACUGUUAAUGGAGAAAAAUAUUUGAUUCUUGUACCCUCUUCUUCAUUACCAAAGAUACCAACUUCAACAUUACAACUUGCCAAACCUGAAUCCUCCAUUACAGAAGGUACAAGUGAUAAUUGUGUUAAAACAAUUCAAAGUAGUUUGAUCAGAUCUGUUACCACCACUGGAAAGAACACUGGAAUUGCUAAAUCUGUUCCGAAAAAACCAUUACAAUUAAUUGUGGUUUCUAAGAAAGCAUCAGUAGAAAAUUCUAUGGUAACUGGAACAGAAAAAGCUAGCCAGCUUAAUGACCUAAACUUCAUCCAUUUGCCAGAAUGUAAAACAUCUCCAACACUCUUGUCAAACACAUUAGUUAAUAAACAUAAUAAAGGCCUUAUUAUAGAUAAAGAAUCAACCUUAAAACUAAAAGAACCCCCUUGUGAUCCAGUGAGUUUAGUAAAGAGUUCACUAAAUGAACAUGUUUGUGUUGAUACUUACAGUUUCUUGAAACAUCUGUUGAAAUUAUUUCCUCUGGUGAAUAAAGAUGUUGAUCGUUCCAUCCAUCCAUACUGUGCCUCAUCUUUAGAGCAAUUCUUUUCGUGGACACUUGGAAAACAACGAGCUUCUGAAUGGCAGAGAGCAAGACAUGUACAUCAGACUGCUUUACAAGUUGUUGAGGAACAUGACUCCCUACUGAAAUUUAAAGACGAAAUAGGAAACACAAAAAAAAUAGCAUGGUGGUGUCGUAAGUUUGGAUUUACUCCUCUCGCUCUAAAAGCUAGAAGUGAUCCUUUCCUUGUGGAUUUGAAACACUUAACUACAUAUUCCAUGCCUGAUAACAUUAUUAAUCACCUGGUUCAAGAUUACCACAAAGUUCAACAUAAUAUUGAAGAAGUAAAUGUGGAUGUGGUUACUGUUCAGAACACUGAUGACAAUGUGGAAUCUAAAAAAGGAAAACUUAGUAUAGUAUCCAAAGUUUCUUCACAUCUUGACACUUCACACUUUCACAUACCUUGUUCUUCUGCAGCAGAGGAAGUACGAAAUAUUGCAGCAGAAAUUGGUGUACAACUAGAAGCCCAAGAAUUAUGUCCACCAGUAAAGUGUUCAGUAUUAGAAGAAAUGCUGCUUUCUGCCUGCAGGGAGUUUGCUAGUGACAUUUUAAGAAUAGCCAUUAGUAAAUACUAUGAAAGGAUGAGCUGUCAUCCAGAUAUUAUAACUGUUAGUGAUAUUUUCCAGGCAAUUCAAGUACUACCAGAGAAUGACUUCAUUACUAAUAGUAAUCUAGGCACUUUACACUCAAAUGUAGGUUAAAAUUAGGCAUCUUAUCACAAGGUGGUCUUUUACAGUAAACUUGUGAAUCAUGGUACUUGAAAUCUAGAAACAGCCAUGAAGAAAAAUAGUUAUCUAAGCUCUUUUUUUUGGACAACAAAAAUAAUUUUGCUUUUGCAUUUAUAGGGUGUUAACCCUUGGUAAAAAAUUCAUAUUUAGCAAGAUUUAAGCAAAAAAAAAGGUUUUCUGUAGCUUACCAUUGUCUGUCUUCAAAUUCUGGGAAAAUUUCUUUAUUAAAAAAAAUUAAAAUUUUUACCUGACAAUGUAGUUUAGGAAUUACAAUAUGCUUUGAUAUUCUGUCAGUCCUGAUAAAAACUAGGUAAUUAUGAAUUAUUUUGUGGUGAUUUCAAAUAAGGUUGCAUUAAAAUAUAUUUGUGUAUGAUUGUAAACCUGUGAUAUCAAUUUUUACUUCAUGAUAAUCAGUCCAGUUUUGUAUAAGAUGGAAAGUAUGGUAAAAUUGUCACGGCCACCAGUAUUUUCAUAAUAAUUCAUCAACUGAAAAUUGAGAAAAGUAGCAUAACAGUAAUGUUUAAGGAAAGUGUUUUAGCCUCAAAGGAUGAGCUACUUACAUUGUUGAUUAGUGUGAUUUGAAAAAGAUUUUAAUGAUUUACAAAAAUAUUACCGUAAGCAAAAUAACUGAAAACUGUUAUCCAAAACAUAUCUUAAAUGCACAAAUUUCCUCUUAGCAUAUGUGGACAUAUGUACUUCUAGAACAAUGUACUGUAUAAAUUUUUGUUUUCCAUCUAUAUUAGUUUGUAUUUUGUGGAAAGUUUAAUAGAACUGAAUAAUCUUAGGUCUACUGUGCAUAUAUAUAUAUAUGUAUAUACAUUUUCAAUACUGGUAAUUUUCACCUUAGAAAUAAUUUGAAAAUGUAUUAUAGUGUAUUUGGAUCAAUACUGUAUGGAUUAAAAUAAUCCAGUACUUUGGACAACUAUCAUCAUUUUAGCUGACAAAAAUGGCAGAAUGUAGAUUUUUUAAAAAUUUUAGUAAACAAUAAUAAAGGCCAAAAGUUAGAGUCCAAAAUAUAGUACAA